UCCAAAGUAUCGUGAAAACUAGUCGAGAUGUUCAUCGAAAGCUUCCUGAUCCUAUUGGCGCUCAACUUCCUGUCCGCAGGAGGAGUAAACCGACCCGAAGAACGCAUCGUCGGCGGAGGACCCAUUGAAAUAGAACAGGCUCCCUGGCAGGUGUCCUUCCAAAUAAGAGGACAUCAUAUUUGUGGAGGGUCCAUUUACAAUGCAGAUACCAUCAUAACAGCAGCCCAUUGCUUUUUUUUGAGUGGGGCAUGGCAAGAUCCCCGACAUUAUGAAAUUCGCGCUGGAUCCAAAUCGAUAAAAUCCAAUGGAAUUCUUGUCAAAGUGGCAGCGGUAAAAGUCCAUGAAUAUUAUGUUCACAAAGAGAAUCAAUUUUUCGUUCUUCAAAACGACAUCGCCGUCGUUCGGUUAAGUGAACGACUUCAAUUUACUAACAAAGUGCAGCCCAUUCCUUUGGCCGAGUCUAAUCCUGAACCUGGAACGAUGUCCUUUGCCACUGGCUGGGGAAAUAUGUACGGAGCGGAUGCGGGGGAUGCGAACAAAAUACCCAUACAUCUUCAAGGAGUAAAGCUCCGCAUUCAAUCGCCUAACUUUUGUGUAAGAUUCCAUGGUCAAUCAAAAAUUUGCGCUGGAGAUUCUAAGCACACCAUUUGUACCCACGAUUCUGGAGGACCAUUGGUAAUUAAUCGGCAACUUGUGGGUGUUACCUCCGGAAGGGGACCAAAUUGCGAUAGGCCAGCUACAUUCUCAAGUGUGCCCUACCACCGAGAAUGGAUUUUGAAUGCUGUUAAAUCUUUUCCCCAACAUGUUUAGCAAUGUUCUCAACACAAUCAAAUAAAUAUUCACUGCAGCAUAUGUAAAAAGCAA